UGGGGUUAAAUUUUCAUAUAAAAGGGCCGUGGAAGAUUGUUACAGCAGAGAGCAUUUUGAAUUGAGAAUUUGGUGCCCUACGUUUUCUAAACAGAUUCAAGACCUGCAAUUUUUAUAAGCACCUUUAUCCUGUACUUGCUUUGCCAUUUUUCCAUGGAUGCAGUAUCUUCUGUAUGCCCAUCUACCCCUCAAUGGAACAUCAGUAGACCUUUCCUCACUGGCCAAUUCCAUCAGGAAGUGGAAUCAACACCCGGGCUUGCUGAAUAUAAGGGAAAUUCAGUUGAUUUAGGCUUGGAAUCUGAGAAGCCUAUAGGAUGCUACAGUGCUUCAGUGCAAGAACUGAUUGUAAUUGAUGAUCUUCUUUCUGCUUUAAUUGGUAUUGAGGGACGGUAUAUUUCGAUCAACAGAGUUCGAGGGAAUGAGGACUCUUUUAGCUUCCAUGUUGAUGGUUCUAUGGAUUUGGCACUCCAGGAAUCAUCGAAACGAAUAUUCCCUUUAUGCAGGAGUUAUUUGCUAAUCAACCAGUUUGUUGAGUCUAGAUCUCAGUUCAAGUCUGGAUUGGUUAAUCAUGCCUUUGCUGCUGCACUAAGGGCCCUCCUCUUGGAUUACCAAGCUAUGGUGGCACAGCUUGAACAUCAAUUUCGACUAGGAAGACUCUCAAUACAAGGAUUAUGGUUCUAUUGUCAGCCAAUGAUGGGAUCAAUGCUAGCAUUGUCAAUAGUGAUAAGGAAGGCUUCAUCAUGCAAUUUUGUGGGUUCAGCAGUUCUUAACCUUUUACAGAAUCAGGCGAAGGUAAUGGCUGGUAACUACUUGGUGAGGUCAUUGCUGGAAAAGAUGAUAGAGUCUGCAAAUUCUGCUUAUCUUGGCAUACUAGAAAGGUGGGUGUAUGAAGGAGUUAUCGAUGAUCCUCAUGAUGAGUUCUUCAUUGCUGAGAACAAAUCUCUCCAAAAAGAGAGUCUCACCCAAGAUUAUGAUGCUAUGUAUUGGCGACAACGAUACAGUCUCAAGGAUGAUAUUCCUUCUUUCCUUGCAAAUUCGGCUGAAACCAUUUUAACAACAGGGAAAUAUUUAAAUGUCAUGAGAGAAUGCGGGCACAGUGUUCAGGUCCCUGCAUUGGAGAGUUCAAAAUUGAUGAACUUUGGGUCCAAUGAUCACUAUCUUGAAUGCAUCAAAUCUGCUUAUGAUUUUGCCAGCAGCGAGUUACUAAAUCUCAUGAAGGACAAGUAUGGUCUCGUUGGAAAGCUGCGUUCUAUCAAGCAUUAUCUUCUUCUAGAUCAGGGUGAUUUCUUGGUUCACUUCAUGGAUAUUGCCCGUGAUGAACUUGCUAAAACACCAAAUGAGAUCUCCGUUGAGAAGCUUCAGUCUCUCUUGGACCUUGCACUGCGGUCGACAGCAGCUGCAGCAGAUCCUUUGCAUGAGGAUGUCACAUGUUCUGUGGACACAUGUUCUUUGCUGAAGAGAUUGGGCACUCUCAAAGAUCUUCAAAUGGGUGAGACAGUGCCGGAGACUGAUGCUUUAGAAGAGUCCUUGAGUAUUACUGGCGUGGAAACGUUUUCUGUUAAUUACAAGGUUCAAUGGCCGCUAUCACUUGUAAUAUCUAGAAAGGCCUUGACAAAAUACCAGUUGAUUUUUCGGUUUCUGUUUCACUGCAAACAUGUGCAUCGGCAACUUUGUGCAGCAUGGCAAGUACAUCAAGGUGCACGUGCACGUGAUAUGCAUGGAACAGGAAUAUCUACAUCGUCGAUUCUGUGCCGUAAUAUGCUUAAGUUUAUAAAUAGCCUUCUGCAUUAUCUAACGUUUGAGGUUCUUGAACCAAAUUGGCAUGUUAUGCAUAAUAAACUUGAGAAUGCAAAGAGCAUAGAUGAGGUAAUCCAAUAUCACGACUUUUUCAUGGAGAAGUGUCUAAAGGAAUGUUCACUUCUUUCACCAGUCCUCCUCAAGAAGUUGGAGAAGUUGAAACUUAUAUGCCUUCAAUAUGCUGCGGCAACUCAGUGGCUGAUGAACUCCAUUGAAUCUCCAUACACAAACAAAUCUAUUGAUGGUUUGCAUUCCUUGGAAAAUUUAAAAGUUUUGAAGCUAAGGAAGCCUUCCAAGAAGCCAAAUUCACCCACCGAAGAGUCAACAGUCAUUGAAUGUGUCCUUAAAUUUGAGAGGGAGUUUACUGCUGAGCUUCAGAGUUUACGGCCAAUCUUGAGCAGCAGGGCCCAGGCAGAACCAUAUUUGACUCAUCUUGCACAGUUGAUUCUUGGUGUUGGUAUGGAUCAGCAAAUGUGAGACAAUUUGCCUGUUAACUGCUUUUGGAAUGACUAGUAAGGAUGAAGGAAAUGGUGAUUUUGAAAUUGUAGUGUGGUUAACAAAUAUUUUAGCCAUCAAUUUCCAGUGGAAUUGUUCGUACCCUUUGCACUAAGCAUAAUAACUAGACACCAAGUUGUAAAAUGAUUACAUAUAUUAAUUAGAAAGAUAUAUUUAGUUGGUGA